AGUAGUAACAUUAUAAGAGUAAGGAUAUCAUGGGGAACCCAUUACAACACCACUUCGUUAAGCUGGUUAAGCUUGCCAGUCUGAUUAAUAAAAAUCUAUGCGCAAAUGUUAUUCGUCAUGAAUAUAUAGUUACAACCUUACCCAAGGCCAAAGCUGCCCAACCGAUUAUAGAAUCAUUCUUAACCAAAUCAUUAAACCAAAUCAAGCAAAGCAAACAAAGCAAGGAAGCCGUUGAAGUGGAAGACAUUAAAGAAUUCAAAUUUUUACAUACACCCGACGUGGAGGAAAUUGGAUCCAAGAUUAUCAACGAAUUAAGUUCAAGAUAUCCUACUAGAAAGAACGGGUUUACGAGACUUAUUAGAUUGGAAAGAAGAUUAGGAGAUGACAAAGCACCUAUGGCCAUUUUAGAAUUGGUUGAUUCCGAAUACGAAAUUAAGUUUUGGUACACAGCCAAGACAGUAGCCAGAUUGGAAUUGCAAGGUUUGGAAUUGGACGAUAUCACCAGAGUUAAUGUUGAUACCAUCACUUCCAACAGAGUUGAAGGUGAAACCAAGUUCCGCGAAGCCGUGGAAUUAUGUAAGAAGGAGUUCUUCAAAUAUGACCAAGAAACUGGUGAAGUUACUGAUGAAGAAAUUAAAGCCAACUUGAAGAACUUGCCAACCAAUUUGGAAUACUAUGGUGGAGAAUUAACAAACACUUUGCUUGCUUCUAAACAAUAUAAUACCAAGGAAAGACCAGCCAAAGAAACCAAGGUGGAAAUUCCACCAUCUCCAUUUUUAAACCAGUAGAUAAACACAUGUACAUAGUCAAUGCAUAGCUGAGUAAUAACGAU